GAAGAAACAUCUGGAGAUAGCGGCUUUAGGGCGUAAAAAGAAAAAAACAAGCCGUAGAAGAGGGCUCUCUCUUGGUUCAGCUUAUUCCCCCCCUUAACAAAAUCUUUUCAGAUGGAUCGUUAUCAGAGAGUGGAGAAGCCGAAAGCAGAGGCACCCAUUGACGAGAAUGAGAUUCGUAUCACCAGUCAAGGCAGGAUGCGUAGUUAUAUCACUUAUGCCAUGAAUCUGCUCCAGGAAAAGGGAUCGAAUCAAGUAGUUUUUAAAGCAAUGGGAAGAGCCAUUAACAAGACUGUGACUAUUGUGGAGUUAAUUAAGAGAAGAAUUGUUGGUCUACAUCAGAUUACAUCCAUUGGAUCCAUGGAUAUAACAGAUAUGUGGGAGCCUCUGGAGGAAGGACUCCUUCCAUUGGAGACCACAAGGCAUGUGUCGAUGAUCACUAUAACCCUUUCGAAGAAGGAAUUGGAUACAUCCUCUGUUGGGUACCAACCUCCAUUACCUGCCGAUCAGGUGAAGGCAUCCACAGAAAUCGAUCAUGAAGGAGAGGGCUCUCCUAAUGGCCGUGCUAGAGGCCGUGGUGGUAGAGGAAGGCAAAGGGGUAGAGGGAAUGGUUUUGUCUCUGCUGAGUAUGAGGAUGGAGGCUGGGACCACUCUCGUGGCUAUGCUAGGGGUAGAGGUCGAGGAAGAGGACGUGGCUACCGAGGCCGUGGGCGUGGAGGAUACAAUGGACCCCAGUUUGACAGGCAGCAAGAUGAUGGCCGUGGGCGUGGAGGAUACAAUGGACCUCAGUUCAACAGGCAGCAAGAUGAUGGUCGUGGGCGUGGAGGAUACAAUGGACCCCGGUUUGACAGGCAGCAAGAUGAUGGCCGUGGGCGUGGAGGAUACAAUGGACCCCAGUUCGACAGGCUGCAAGAUGAUGGCCGUGGGCGUGGAGGAUACAAUGGACCCCAGUCCGACAGGCAGCAAGAUGAUGGCUACAACUAUGAAGCCCCUCCCCAAGGUGGUCGUGGUCGUGGCCGUGGAAGGGGAUAUCGUGGAAGGGACCGUGGGUUUCGAUCUAAUGGGACGAUGCAUCCAACUGCAUGA